UCUAACCCUUCUUCCAUAGUCGAACCCUAACCCCUCCUCUUCGUCUUCUUCGAUUUCGUCUUCUUCUUCGGCUUCUUCCAUUUCGUCUCUUCCUGGGCUUCUAUCCCUUCUUGGGUUUUUCAUCGGCUUUCGAGUUUUUCGACUUCAUCUCCGGGGAGAAUGGGGAGCAACGAUUUAAAGACCUGGGUCUCGGAUAAGCUGAUGGUUCUACUGGGUUAUUCACAAAAUGCCGUAGUUACAUAUCUCAUUGCAAAAGCUAAAAGUUCGAAAUCACCCACUGACCUUCUGAAUGAGUUGGCGGAGUAUGGCUUUUCUUCAUCAAGUGAAACUCGUUCAUUUGCUGAGGAAAUGUAUGCCAGAGUUCCCCGAAAAGUGACUGGUGCGAAUCUUUAUAAGCAACAGGAAGCAGAGGCCGCUAUGCUGGUGAGGAAGCAGAAAACAUACGCUCUUUUGGAUGCCGAUGAUGAAGAAGAUGAAGAUGGGGGCACUAUUGAUCAAAAACGGUCUUCUGCUUCUGAAACUAAAAAAUCAGAUAAAGGCAGGAAAAGGUUCAGAAAGAAAAGCGGGCAUUCAGAAGAUGAUGAUGACGAAGUGGCUGUUAAAGAUGAUGAUAGGCAAGUUAAGAGAAGAAUUUCUCAAGAUGAGGAUGAUGGGUCAGAGUCUGAAGAAGAAAGGUUACGUGACCAGAAAGAGAGAGAGGAGUUGGAGCAGCACUUAAGAGAUCGUGAUGCUGCACGAACGCGGAAGCUAACAGAGCAAAAGUUGUCAAAAAAAGAGCAAGAAGAGGCUGUUCGAAGAGCCAAUGCUUUGGAGGAGGAUGAUAUUGGGCCUUUAAGGAAAGUCUCAAGACAAGAAUAUUUGAAGAAAAGGGAACAGAAGAAAUUAGACGAACUAAGGGAUGAGAUAGAAGAUGAGCAGUAUCUUUUUGAAGGUGUUAAGGUCACUGAAGCAGAAAUUAGGGAAUAUAGGCACAAGAAAGAACUUUAUGAGCUCUUGAAGAAAAAAACAGAAGACACAGAUAAUGUAGAGGAGUAUAGAAUGCCAGAUGCUUAUGAUCUAGAAGGGGGUGUUAACCAAGAGAAGAGAUUCGCUGUUGCUGUGCAACGAUACAGGGAUCUAGAUGCUUCGGACAAAAUGAACCCGUUUGCUGAGCAAGAAGCUUGGGAGGACCAUCAGAUUGGAAAAGCGACACUAAAUUUUGGUGCCAAGAAUAAGAAGCAAACAUCUGAUGAUUAUCAGUACGUUUUUGAGGACCAAAUAGACUUCAUAAAGGCGUCUGUCUUGGCUGGUGAAAAUUAUGAAGAUGAGAUGCCUACUGAACCGUCUCAAGAUUCCAAGGCAAAGUCAGAUUUUGAGAUGCUUCAGGAGGAGAGAAAAUUACUGCCAAUUUAUCCAUAUCGUGAUGAACUGCUUGCGGCUGUGGAAAAACAUCAGGUUCUUAUCAUUUUGGGGGAAACUGGUUCAGGCAAGACUACGCAAUUACCACAAUAUCUUCACGAAGCUGGUUACACAAAGCGUGGAAAGAUUGGUUGUACGCAACCUCGAAGAGUUGCAGCUAUGAGCGUUGCUGCUCGUGUUGCUCAAGAAAUGGGUGUCAAGCUUGGGCAUGAGGUUGGGUAUUCCAUUCGGUUUGAAGAUUGUACCUCAGAAAAAACAGUUCUGAAGUAUAUGACUGAUGGGAUGCUGCUGCGUGAGCUUCUUGGAGAACCAGAUCUUGCUGGUUACAGUGUCAUUAUUGUGGAUGAGGCUCACGAAAGAACUCUGUCAACCGAUAUACUAUUCGGGCUAGUCAAGGAUAUAACACGGUUUCGACCAGAUCUGAAAUUAUUGAUAUCCAGUGCGACAAUGGAUGCAGAAAAAUUUUCUGAUUAUUUUGAUUCUGCCCCGUUAUUCAGAAUUCCUGGAAGGAGAUAUCCGGUUGUGAUUCACCAUACAAGAGCACCGGAAGCGGACUACCUGGAUGCGGCUAUAGUUACAGUGCUUGAUAUCCAUGUGAAACAGCCACUUGGAGAUAUUUUGGUCUUCCUCACUGGUCAAGAGGAAAUUGAAACUGCUGACGAGAUCUUGAAGCACAGGAUAAGAGGUCUGGGUACAAAGAUUCGCGAACUUAUUAUAUGCCCUAUAUAUGCAAACCUUCCCACUGAACUGCAAGCAAAAAUAUUUGAACCAACUCCAGAAGGGGCACGGAAAGUAGUGCUGGCAACGAAUAUUGCUGAAACAUCAUUAACCAUUAAUGGUAUUAAAUAUGUUAUUGACCCGGGCUUUUGCAAGAUGAAGUCGUAUAACCCGAGGACUGGGAUGGAGUCUUUGCUUAUAACUCCUAUUUCUAAGGCUUCAGCAAAUCAACGAAGUGGUCGAGCAGGAAGAACAGGUCCAGGAGAGUGUUACCGAUUAUACACGGCUUAUAAUUACUACCAGGACUUGGAGGACAAUACAAUGCCGGAAAUACAAAGGACGAACCUUGCUAGCGUGGUGCUUGCUUUGAAGAGUCUCGGAAUUCAUGAUCUGCUCCACUUUGACUUCAUGGACCCCCCACCUGCUGAAGCUCUUCUCAAGGCUUUGGAGUUGCUCUUUGCUUUGGGUGCUCUGAAUAAACAUGGUGAAUUGACUAAAGUUGGCAGAAGGAUGGCAGAGUUUCCACUUGAUCCUAUGUUAUCCAAGAUGAUUGUUGCUUCUGACAAAUACAAGUGCUCUGAUGAAAUAAUCUCGAUUGCCUGCAUGUUGUCUGUGGGAAAUUCAAUAUUCUACCGCCCUAAGGAUAAGCAAGUUCAUGCCGACAAUGCAAGAUUGAAUUUCCAUACCGGGAAUGUCGGUGAUCACAUUGCUUUGCUUAAGGUUUACAGUUCUUGGAAGGAAACAAAUUACUCAACUCAAUGGUGCUAUGAGAACUACAUUCAGGUCAGGAGUAUGAAAAGGGCCAGAGAUAUACGGGACCAACUGGAAGGGCUUCUCGAGAGAGUUGAAAUAGAACUCACCGCCAAUCUGAACGACUAUGAUUCAAUAAAGAAGUCUAUAGUAGCUGGGUUCUUCCCACACUCGGCCAAAUUACAGAAGAAUGGGUCAUAUAGAACAGUGAAACAUCCACAAACCGUAUACAUACAUCCUACUUCAGGACUAUCUCAGGUAUUACCAAGAUGGGUGGUAUAUCAUGAACUUGUCCUGACCACCAAGGAAUAUAUGCGCCAGGUGACAGAGUUGAAGCCGGAGUGGUUGGUGGAAAUAGCUCCUCACUUCUACCAACUCAAGGAUGUCGAAGACGGUGGAUCCAAGAAAAUGCCCAAAGGCAAUGGACGAGCAGCCGCCUUGUAGGGUUUGUGCUGUGUAAUUAAAAUUUUGCUGCUUAACCUGUAACUUCAAUACGAAAAAUUUUAUUAGAUACUAUGAAAGUAGUUCUCUUUA